ACCCAAAGGCUCGAGAUAAGGCCCCCCCCAUCGCGUGUGGCUAUUAACCUCAAAACCCUCGCUCUCUCCUCCUCUUCGCCCCCACACCCUUCUCCGGAGAGAGCGAGGCGGAGACGGAGAGAGCUACGAGGAACUCGAUCGCCGCCGCCGCCGCCGCCGCCGCAGCAACCAUGUCGGCGCUGCAAGGUUCCCUCCUCCUCUUCCGGCCGUCGCCGCCGUGUGUCCGGCUCCUCCGCCGCCCGAAGCGCGCCGCCUCGGCCUUCGUCUCCGUUGAUGCCCUCCCGAGGUCCCGCCCCAGCCACCGCCACCGCCACUGCCUCCGCGUCCGCGCAUUGCCCCCCGAGGCCGCGGAUUCGGGCCGGGAGCCCGCCUCGCCCGGCGAGGACCCGCUCGUGGAGUACCGCGACGUCGGAAGCUCCGACCUUUCCCGCGGAGAUGGCGCGGCGGGGGCCGCGGAGGAUGCGGCGGAGGGUGGGUGGGUUGGGGAUGGGGCGGUGUUUUCCGUGGCGGAAUCGGAUGGUGCGGCGGGGGAGAGGAAGGGGGCGGAGAGUAGGUUGCCCGUAGUGGCGUUUUUGGUCGGGGUGCUUGCUUCGGCGAGGAAGGGGCUCGAUACAUUGGCGAUGUCGGAGUGGUUAAGCUGGUGGCCGUUCUGGAGGCAGGAGAAGAGGUUGGAGCGGCUAAUUGCGGAGGCCGAUGCAAACCCUAGAGACGCCGCGAAGCAGAGCGCUCUUCUCUCGGAGCUCAAUAAACACAGUCCUGAGUCUGUAAUUAGGCGUUUUGAGCAAAGAAGCCAUGCAGUGGACAGCAAAGGAGUUGCAGAAUAUCUACGAGCUCUUGUUAUGACUAAUGCUAUAGCAGAAUAUCUACCAGACGAGCAGUCAGGGAAACCUUCUACUCUCCCAAAUUUGUUGCAAGAGUUGAAGCAACGAGCAUCUGGGAAUGAGGACGAACUAUUCUUGAACCCUGGAAUAUCAGAGAAGCAUCCUUUGCAUGUGGUUAUGGUUGAUCCUAAAGCAUCAAGUAGGUCAACAAGGUUUGCUCAGGAGCUCCUCUCAACAAUCCUGUUCACAGUUGUUGUUGGUCUGAUGUGGGUAAUGGGGGCAGCUGCACUCCAAAAAUAUGUUGGCAGCUUGAGUGGCAUAGGGACCUCUGGUGUUGGUUCUGGUGCUACGUAUUCCCCAAAAGAGUUGAACAAAGAAAUUAUGCCAGAGAAGAAUGUCAAAACAUUUAAGGAUGUUAAAGGCUGUGAUGAUGCAAAGAAAGAACUCGAAGAAGUAGUGGAGUAUCUUAAAAAUCCAUCAAAGUUUACUCGCCUCGGGGGAAAGCUACCGAAGGGAAUUCUUUUGACUGGUGCACCUGGAACAGGGAAGACUUUGCUUGCUAAGGCUAUUGCUGGAGAAGCUGGGGUGCCUUUCUUCUAUCGAGCAGGUUCAGAAUUCGAGGAAAUGUUUGUUGGCGUCGGUGCCCGGCGAGUAAGGUCCUUAUUUCAGGCUGCUAAGAAGAAGGCGCCUUGCAUCAUUUUCAUUGAUGAAAUAGAUGCUGUCGGUUCCACUAGAAAGCAAUGGGAGGGGCAUACAAAGAAAACCUUGCAUCAACUACUCGUUGAGAUGGAUGGAUUUGAGCAGAAUGAGGGCAUAAUAGUGAUGGCUGCAACAAAUUUGCCAGACAUUCUUGAUCCGGCAUUGACACGACCUGGUAGAUUUGACAGGCAUAUUGUUGUCCCAAAUCCAGAUGUUCGUGGCAGACAAGAGAUACUGGAGCUCUACUUGCAGGACAAACCAAUGGCUGAUGAUGUAGACAUCAAUGCAAUUGCUCGUGGUACACCUGGUUUCAACGGUGCAGAUCUUGCAAAUUUGGUUAAUAUCGCAGCCAUUAAGGCUGCAGUUGAAGGCGUUGAAAAGUUAACUGCUGCUCAGUUGGAGUUUGCAAAAGACAGGAUAAUAAUGGGAACAGAAAGAAAGACUAUGUAUAUAUCUGAAGAAUCAAGGAAGCUUACUGCUUACCAUGAGAGUGGCCAUGCCAUUGUUGCUCUUAAUACCGAUGGUGCUCAUCCUAUCCAUAAAGCAACUAUAAUGCCACGUGGUUCUGCCCUUGGGAUGGUCACACAGCUUCCUUCUCAAGAUGAAACGUCUGUUAGCAAGAAACAGCUAUUAGCACGCCUCGAUGUCUGCAUGGGAGGGAGAGUUGCUGAAGAGCUUAUCUUUGGUGAAGAUUAUGUUACGACUGGUGCAAGUAAUGAUCUCCAUACAGCGACAGAACUCGCUCAUUAUAUGGUGUCAACUUGUGGGAUGAGUGAUGCAAUUGGCCCUGUUCAUGUUAAAGAGAGACCAGGUUCAGAGAUGCAAUCACGGAUAGAUGCAGAGGUAGUCAAACUUCUGAGAGAAGCAUAUGAUCGAGUCAAACGAUUGCUUAAGAAGCAUGAAAGGGCGUUGCAUGCGUUAGCGAAUGCGCUACUUGAGUACGAGACACUAAAUGCUGAUGAGAUUAAGCAAAUCCUCAACCCCGACCCAGAAGUUGAGCUUUCUAAUCAAUUGGAGGAGCUUGCAUUGACGUAGACCAAUCUUUCCCAACUGUAAAGCAGUGUACAGUGAUGUGAUAUCAGAAAAUAUUAUUUGUAGCCACAGAAACGUUCUCCGCUAAUUGGUUACCAUCAGGAGAUGCGGGAAUUAUCAUAUUUCUUCAAACUUGAAAUUGGGGGACUGAUGAAUGAGGGUGUCAGAGCGUAAAAGAAACACUUUUCUAGUCAUGUGUCAGCAAUAGCUGUAAAGAGCAGCAGUUAAAGGAGAGCUCAGGUUGCUGAAAUUUUGUGUGCUCUUGUUAUUUCAAUUUCAUGCUCUUUUGUUAUUUUUAGGUUUACAAAAGGCCAGUCCAUUAAUAAGAUUCUAUGCUUACAAAUUUUCAGUUUUGGUUGCUGCUGUAACUUGUAUGCUGCAGUGUUAUUACUGAUGACACAUAUACAGUAAUGAUGCUUUAUACUUGAAUUUCUUGGAUGGUCUUGUUGUUAUGGUGGGCGACAUGAUUGCAGAUAAAUUAUCUCAACUUUGACACGUUGUUGCAGUCACAAUUAAGCACUCUUGGUUAGUCA